CUCUAGAAGAGGCAGAAGGAAGAAAAAAUUAGAGAGAUUCCUUUUUCUCUCAUACAGAAGAAGAAGAGGGAGAUCGGUGACAGCCGGCGAAAUAGCCGUAGCAUCAAUUCUCCAUUCUCCGGCGACGGCAUCCUUUUUUAUCCAAUGGACGACGACAACGCGAAGAAAUCCAACGGUUAUCAUCCCGCCUCUUCCAAUGGCGCCGGCGGCAAUUCCGAUCAACCGGUCCCCUCCGACAGGCCCCUUCGCGUCUACGCCGACGGGAUCUACGAUCUCUUCCACUUCGGCCACGCCGCCUCCCUCGAGCAGGCCAAGAAAUCGUUUCCGAACGCGUACCUGCUCGUCGGGUGCUGCAACGACGAGAUCACGUACAAGUACAAAGGGAAGACGGUGAUGACGGCAGCCGAGCGCUACGAAUCGCUUCGCCAUUGCAAGUGGGUGGAUGAAGUCAUUACGGAUGCGCCAUGGGUAAUCAACCAGGAGUUUCUUGACAAGCACAAAAUUGAUUAUGUGGCUCAUGACGCCCUGCCGUAUGUUUGCUCCCUGCUCUGGUCACCUUCAAUUUUGUAUUCAGCAGUUAGCUCCUUUGUGCAUUUUGUUUGAUUAGAAUUUCCCAUUGAUCAUUGGAAACCAUUAGUGGAUUCAUAUUCGUUAAGUGUUAUUGUUAUUGGUGGUUGCCUGAGAUUUGAACCUAGGUGCGAAGAAUGUUCAUUGUUCACCCUUUCAUUCCAUUACCCCUAGAUCAACCACUUCGGGUUGUCAUGGAGGCGUGGAGCAAUGUCUUCAUUUUAUAUAGGCGAAUGUCGUUAGAGUUUGAAUCUAGGAUGAUAUGAAUGGUUCUCAUUUCUUAGUGUUAGAUCAAUCUGUGUCAAGAACUCGUUCAUCUUAAAAAUCCGAGCUGUUGUGGAAGGUCCAAUAAUGAAUCCUAUAUUAGUAUCCGGAAUACCAGGAUUCAAUCCGAGCUCUCUUGAUUAAUAACCAUGUUGAGGGAUACUGGGGGCCAAAAAUGAAUAUUACACUAUCUUUUUGUUGGAUUAUGUGAAAUUUAGAGGACGAUGAACACUAUCUCUUGUGUGUGUAGAUAUGCAGAUGCAAGUGGAGCUGGGAAUGAUGUUUAUGAAUUUGUUAAAAAAGUUGGGAGAUUUAAAGAAACUAAAAGAACUGAUGGGAUUUCUACAUCAGAUAUUAUAAUGAGGAUUCUGAAAGACUACAAUCAGUAUGUUAUACGCAAUUUGGACAGAGGAUAUACGCGAAAGGAACUUGGUGUUAGCUAUGUAAAGGAAAAACGACUGAGGGUCAAUAUGAGAUUGAAGAAACUACAGGAGAAAGUGAAAGAACAACAAGAGAAAGUUGGAGAAAAGAUUCAAACAGUGGCAAUGCAUCGUAAUGAAUGGGUGGACAAUGCUAAUCGCUGGGUUGUUGGUUUCCUUGAGAUGUUUGAGGAAGGUUGCCAUAAAAUGGGCACAGCCAUUAGAGAUCGAAUUCAAGAACGAUUAAUGGGACAGGAAUCCGAGGAGAUGCUCCUAAAUGGCAAGGACGACGAAGACGAUGACGAGGAAUAUUAUUACGAUGAUGAUGACGAAGACGAGUAUGAGUAUGAAGAUGGUGAGGAAGAGUAUUACGAUGAUGAACAACAGUGCAGUACCGACGAAAGUACUGAUGAAAACGACGAGAAGAAAACAACUUUUGAAGGAAAACGAUGAUGAUCUCUCCCUCCUUUAAUCUAUUAACACUUUUUUCCUUCUUGGUAUUUUUUAUUGGGUAUGUAAUAGGGUUUGAUUCGGAAUUCACUUUCAGGUUGUAAAGUAGAUAGUUUGUUAACAGUUGUGGGAUAUGAGUUUUGAGAGAGUGUAGCUCUGCUCUUAAUUUUUGAGAGAUGGAUACCCAAAGUUCAAAACUUUGCUGGUCCAUUUUGUGUCAUAUGGGAAGCCUUGAUUUGAUUCAUAUCUCUAAGUAUGAGUGAAUACAUUAUCGAACUAAUCCAGUC